CUACGCAUCUCAGUCCAUCUCAUCGUUUCCUAGGCAGGCAGACCUCCUGAGCAGUCUUCACAAUGGCCGCAUCAUUUAAAACCGUGUCAAGCAGUUUUUCUGGGCGCUCCUAUGGUGGUGGAGCCUAUGGAGGAAGCCUUGGUGGAGGAUUGGUGCGGAGGGAAUAUGCUUCAAGUGUACAUGGUGCAGGUGGCAGUGGUGGAAGAAUCUCCAUUUCCUCCGGUUCUUUUGGCAGCAGUAGAGGUGCUGCAGGUGGCAGUUAUAGUUUUAGCGUGGGAGGGGGUGCAGGCUAUGGUGCAGGUGAAUGCAUUGAUAUUGGAGCAAAUGAGAAGGCCACAAUGCAGAACCUGAAUGACCGUCUGGCCUCCUACCUGGAGAAGGUGCGCAAACUGGAGAAGGCCAAUGCUGAGUUGGAGCUCAAGAUCCGCCAGUUCUUGGAGAGUAAGACCUCGCCCACCGCCCGUGACUACUCAGCUUACGAGGCCACCAUUGCUGACCUGCAGGGAAAGAUCCAAGAUGCCACACGUGCCAACGGAGGUGUCUAUCUGGCCAUUGACAAUGCAAAACUGGCAGCAGAUGACUUCAGAACAAAAUAUGAAAAUGAGCUAGCCAUGCGUCAAUCAGUUGAGGCAGAUAUCGCCGGUCUAAAGAGACUGUUGGAUGAGCUGACACUGGCCAGAUCAGACCUAGAGAUGCAGAUUGAAGGCCUCAGGGAGGAGCUGAUCUUCCUCAAAAAGAACCACGAGGAGGAAAUGGCAGCUUUGAGAAACCAGAUGAGUGGACAGAUCAACGUGGAGGUGGACGCAAAACCACAGCAAGACCUGUCCACCAUUAUGGCUGAGAUCCGUGAACAGUAUGAGAAUGUGGCAGCCAAGAACAACAAAGAACUUCAAAACUGGUUCCAAACAAAGACAGAGGAGCUGAACAAGGAGGUGGCUGUCAGUACCGAAACUCUCCAAACAUCCAAGUCAGAAAUCUCUGAGAUCCGUCGCACACUCCAGGGACUUGAGAUCGAGCUACAGUCACAGCUUAGCAUGAAAGCAGCCCUGGAAGGCACCUUAGCGGACACAGAGGCACGGUAUUCCCUGCAGCUCCAAGGCCUCCAGGCACAGGUAAUCGCCCUGGAGGAACAACUGAUGGCCCUACGUGCUGACAUAGAGAACCAAAGCCAAGAGUACAAGCUGCUGCUUGACGUCAAGACACGGCUUGAGAUGGAGAUUGCACAAUACAAGAGGCUGCUUGACGGAGAGACUGGUAUCGGCAGUUCAACUUCCACUACUUCUUCCAAGGUCAUAGUGGUAACACAAGAACUGAGGGACGGCAAGGUGGUGUCCUCCAGCACCACCUCAUAAUUUGUCUCAUGCAGCAAACUCAGCACAAGGGGCAACACCUGAGGAACAUGAGCACAACAACUGAACCUUAUAUUUUCUUCACAAACACAUGUGAACGCAAUAAAAGGCUCUCAGUUUGCUGAAUACAA